GAUGGCGACGCUUCAGGGCGGGCUGCUGGGGUCGGAUCCCGGCGCGCUGAGCCCCGCGCAGCUGGAACAGCUGCGCAAGUUCAAGAUUCAGACUCGGAUUGCUAACGAAAAGUACCUCAGGACCCACAAAGAAGUGGAGUUGCUCAUAAGUGGUUUUUUCAGAGAAAUGUUUUUGAAAAGACCAGACAACAUCCUGGAAUUUGCUGCAGAUUAUUUCACGGAUCCAAGACUUCCCAACAAGAUUCACAUGCAGCUCAUUAAGGAGAAGAAAGCAGCUUAAUUAGCAAUACCAUGAUGCUCAGCUGUUGAGAAAGACCAGAAAGAAUCCAGCCUCCGGGGUCAUCUGGAUGCAGGAGAGCCCUGGUACUGUCACUGUGGGUUUCCAAGCUGCCCUGGACUGUCUGCUGUUGCAAAGGCUUUUAA